AUGGCGGUUGAACUAGCUGCUUUUUCCUUUGGACCAAAAGGAUACAUUUCCAACAAAAACAAGCAUGUUAGUGCACUUGCUUUCAACCCAAAAGCUUAUUAUCUUAUAAUAAGGUUCCCUUAUUCAGGAACAUGGAAGAUUUUUUAUCGUUUGGUUCUUUUGGCAUUGUUUGUGGCUUCAUUCCCAUUGAUAAGUUCAUCAUUUGUUUCAAGAAACCCUAGUCUUGAUGAUUCAGCCUCAAACAUGAAGAUUCUUCCACAACAACAACUCAACGGAUUUGUCAACAUGGAUCAACUUUUAACCCUCCUCUUCAACGACCUAACAAACGAAGGCCUUGUGAAGAAAUCGAAUAAACACAGAGCUGUUUUUCUUGGAGAUCAAGAACUAGAAGGAGUUCAUCAGUUUCAGAGUUUCAUAGAUCAAUACAACAUGGAUUACAUUUCAUUAAAUGACAUGGAGAAACAAAGUUCGAUUCUUGAUGGCACAGUCGAUUUCGUCUUCACAUCCAACUUCCCCGCUUCAUCACAAUUCAUCGACAGAACCCUAAAAACAAAUGGCAUUGCAGCGGUGGUGAUUCUAAAUGCGGCUGCGUUUCAUAAGCCUUCAAACUACAAGGUAGCUUACAUGAGAAGGUUCCAGAAAGUAGUAAUGGCAAUGAAGAAAACAACAACUUCACCCGUUAAACUUGGUUCCCAACGAAAGCUAUUAGGAUACGCAACAGAGGCAAAGAGAGCAGCACUUCAGAAACUUGAGGAUGUUCUCCUUGAGCCUCCACGUGCUGCCUCCGGUAAAUCAAGAGUGUAUUUGAAGCGUACAAAGUAUUUACCUGAUUUAAUGGGUGACACACUUGAAAGCUACCCUCGUCGAGUUUUCAUCGACGUAGGGUUGCCACAAAAAGAUGGAGGUAGUGGAACAGAUUGGUUUUCAAAGAAUUAUCCGACAAGGAACAAGAAUUUUGAGAUGUAUAAGAUAGAGACUGUGGUCGAGGGUUCGCCCACAACACAAGUUGAGAUGUCGGAUUGGUUGAUGAAGAAUGUAAAAGACGAAGAGUACGUGGUGAUGAAAGCUGAGGCUGAAGUUGUUGAAGAAAUGAUGAGGAGCAAGUCUAUUAUGUUGGUGGAUGAGCUUUUCUUGGAGUGCAAGCCACAAGGUUUGAAUUUGAAACGAGGGACUAGAGGUAGAAGGGCAUAUUGGGAAUGUUUGGCUUUAUAUGGAAAAUUAAGAGAUGAAGGAGUAGCAGUUCAUCAGUGGUGGGGUUAAUU